GUGGCUGCCACCCGGAACCGCUGUGCUGAGCUCGCGCCACGUCUCUUCAGGGGGCCCCUCCNCGCUCCCUGCUGUCCCUGCUGUCGCUGCGCCGGAGCCUAGAGAGGACUAGGCCCAGAGCAUCAUGGUCCACGAGGCUCCACACGCUUCAUCCUUCCAGAUGCUGCUACAGCUGCUGCUUCUGCUCCUGCUCCGGGCCGAGCCACUGCGGAGCGCUGAGCUCACCUUCGAGCUGCCGGACAACGCCAAGCAAUGCUUCCACGAAGAGGUGGAGCAGGGCGUGAAGUUCUCUCUGGAUUACCAGGUUAUCACUGGAGGCCACUACGAUGUGGACUGCUACGUGGAAGACCCCAGGGGCAACGUCAUCUACAGGGAGACCAAGAAGCAGUAUGACAGCUUCACGUACAAGACGGAGGCCAAGGGCGUCUACCGGUUUUGCUUCAGUAAUGAGUUCUCCACCUUCUCUCAUAAGACCGUCUACUUUGACUUCCAAGUGGGUGAUGAGCCCCCCAUUCUCCCAGACAUGGGGAACAGGGUCACGGCUCUCACUCAGAUGGAAUCUGCCUGUGUAACUAUUCACGAGGCUCUGAAGACUGUGAUUGACUCCCAGACACACUAUCGACUGCGGGAGGCUCAGGACCGAGCCCGAGCUGAAGACCUUAAUAGUCGAGUGUCCUACUGGUCUGUAGGAGAGACUAUUGCCCUAUUUGUGGUCAGCUUCAGCCAGGUGCUACUGCUGAAAAGCUUCUUUACAGAAAAGCGACCUGUUAACAGAGCGGUCCACUCCUAGCCUCGAAGUCCCACCUACAGCCCCUCACCCCUCCCGGGUCUCAGGUUCCUACAGGGCUGGUGGUGUGAUACAGAGAAGAGGGAGAGCAGCAGGGAGACCAAAGGCGCACAUAUCUGAUCUUUGCACUCCAACAACGGAAGCUCACAGAGCCCCAGUAAUCUCAUUGUAUUGUGUGUGUAACAUUGGCCAAAAAUGUUUACGGGUCAACUUAGGGUUUGGUCACUAUGGGAGGCCAGUGAUCCAGCAUCCAGUCUCUAGGAGAACUCCAAGUGCCUGGACCUCCAGGGCAGCUUAGGGUUCUGCCACUACUCCAUGAGACAUUGGUCAUUANGUGGUUGUGUCUUCUUCCAUCUUGAGGAGAAAGGGACCCUGAGUUCUUGCCUUCCCUUCGUGGACCUCUCUAUUCCUGAGGAAAGCUGGUCUAAUCUGGAAACAGUAGGGUCAGACAUACAACCAGGACCCAAAUAGAGAGUGAGUGAGUGCCCUUGGUGAUCUAUGUCUCCUGGAGGCAGAACUGUGCUAAUAAAAUCCAAGACUGAGCACUCUGCA